GAGGAGAACAACGAGCGAACGAAGGAGCAGGCGGGCGCCGCGGACAGCUCGACCGCGGCUUCAUAUUCAAGGGACCGGCAAAGAUUUCCCUUUUUCCCUGUUCGCCUCGCUGAGGGGUCGGCCCGCGGCUAGGCUCCCUAUCCGCCCUCCUCCUCCUCAUCCUCCUCCUCGUCGUCGUCGAUCAAUUGAACACGACGACGACGACGAACAAACAACAAAGCGAAAUCAUGUCCACCAUGUUCGCCGACACGAUACUCAUCGUGUUCAUCUCUGUCUGCACUGCCUUGCUGGCCGAAGGAAUCACCUGGGCCCUCGUGUACAGGACAGAGAAGUACAAGAAGCUAAAAGCAGAGGUGGAGAAACAAAGCAAAAAAUUGGAGAAGCGGAAAGAGACGAUAACGGAGUCAGCGGGAAAACAGCAGAAGAAGAAAAUUGAAAGGGAAGAAGAGAAACUCAAGAACAACAAUCGGGAUCUUUCCAUGGUUCGCAUGAAGUCUAUGCUCGCCAUUGGAUUCUGCUUCACAGCGCUCAUGGGCAUGUUCAACUCCAUCUUUGAGGGCCGCGUCGUGGCCAAGCUCCCGUUCGUGCCAUUCUCGUGGCUACAGGGACUCUCCCACCGAAACCUCUUGGGAGAGGACUACACGGACUGCUCUUUCAUCUUCCUCUACAUCCUCUGCACCAUGUCCAUCCGCCAGAACAUCCAGAAGCUGUUGGGACUGGCUCCUUCGCGUGCUGCCACCAAGCAAGCUGGAGGAUUCCUGGGACCACCUCCUCAGGCUGGGAAAUUUUCGUGAAAAUCAUGCCUGCAUUUAUGAGGACUGCCUAAUGAUGUUGUGAAGGAAAAUACAAACUCUUUAAGAUACGUGUACAGCAGUGGAAACUUGACAUCAUGCAACUGGGAAAGUCACCUGCAUGUGACGCCCAUCCUAAACUGCAGGGUGAAAGUUAGCCACUACAGAGAUGUAUCAGAAGGCUAUAGACAGUUGUGUAAAAUAUUAAAUGUAUUGAUAGGUCGUAAUUGUAUAAACAAUAUUGCUGUUCGAUACACCAGAUGCUGGCUCUUUGUAAGUCACUUAAUUGCUGGGUUUGUAUUCAUUGUGAAGUUUAAAUAAAAUCUUGAGCACCUUGAAAUAAACAUCAUAUUCCCAGGUGACUCUAACUUACACAACUAUACAUAAUGCUCUCUUAGACUGAUCCCCAAUUACACGAUUUAUAUACAUGAUUGAAUAAUUCACGAACAUGACCAGAUUUAGAUAUUUCGAGCAAAAAAGUGAAUGUACUCAAACCAAACUUAAAAUGUUUCUCCUUUCUGAAAAAAUAGAUAAGUACAUUGAAUUCUAUUUAAAUGUUAAAUUAGUUAAUUAACAUUUAUGAUUUGUUUUCCCAAACCUCUGAAAGAAUGGGGGUUUCCCUUAAAUGCUGCAUUAUGUAAUUUUGUACUUGAUAAAGUUCGUAACGUUCGUCACAUCCGAAUAAUUGUUAUGUUAUGGCAUACCGCAAAAUAAACAUCUUACAUUUUUACUUUA